AUGACUACAAUUAAAAAGAAACAAAAUUCUAGUAAACGUUCCUUAAAAGAAUCAAAGGAUUCUAAGAAAAUUAAAAAGGCAAGAAUUUCUAUUGAAUCUUCUGAUGAUGAUUUAGAUUUCAUUUCUGACGAAGAACACGCCAAUGACAAAGAUGUCAGUGAACAAGAAGAAGAAGUAAAUGAUGCAAAGAGUGAUGAGGAAAGUGAAGAUCAAAACGAUGAAGACAGUGGUGAAGAAAGCAAUGAAGAUACCCCAACUUCCAACGAUGAUUCUAAUGACAAUCAUACUGAACAAAGAAAAUUAUUAAAAGAAAGAAAAUUACAAAGAAAAUCUGGUAUUCAAGUUCAACAAAUCAAGCAAUUAUGGGAAAAAUUACGUGUGAAAUCACCACCUAUUCCAAAAGAAAUCCGUAACAAACUAUGUGGUGAAAUUUGGGAAUUAUCAAAGGAUUGUAUUAAAGAUUUGAUUAUGAAGCAUGAUUCUUCGAGAGUUGUUCAAACAUUAGUCAAAUACUGUGAUAAAGAACGUCGUGAACAAAUUGUUCAAUCAUUAAAGGGUAAUUAUUACGUAUUGGCCACAAGUGCAUAUGGUAAAUAUUUAUUAGUCAAAUUAUUACAUUAUGGGACUAAAGAUUCUAGACAAAUAAUUAUUGAUGAAUUACAUGGUUCAUUAAGAAAAUUGAUGAGACAUCGUGAAGGUGCAUACGUGGUUGAAGAUUUAUUUGUUCUUUAUGCUAGUCAUGAACAAAAACAACAAAUGAUUAAAGAAUUUUGGGGGGCUGAAUAUGCAGUAUUUAAGGAUUCCUAUAAGAAUGAAGAUAUCAAACAAGUUUGUAAGAAUACCGAAAAACGAGAUAUUAUUGCUAAGAAUUUGAUUGGUACUAUUAGUGCAUCAAUUAACAAAGGCUCUACUGGGUUUCAAAUAUUACAUGCUGCUAUGAGAGAAUAUAUCAAAAUUAUGAAUGAUGAAGAAUGUAGUGAGAUGAUUGAAUUAUUACAUGAACAAAUUGCAGAAUUAGUUCACACACCUGAAGGUUGUGAAGUUGCAUGUGUAUUAAUAGCUCGUGGGAAUGCUAAGGAAAGAAAAUCUAUUAUUCGUGGACUAAAAGCUCAUGGUUCUAAAUUAAUGCAAAAUGAAUACGGUAAUUUGAUCUUAAUUACAUUAUUUAUGACCGUUGAUGAUACUGUCUUGAUGUUUAAAACAUUUGGACCUGUCUUGAAGGAAAAUUUCGUAGAGAUCAUCUGUGAUAAAUAUGGUAGAAGACCAUUCCUUUAUCUAUUAAAAGAAUUGAAUGGGAAAUAUUUUUAUCCUCAAAUUAAAAAGGAUUUACUUAAAUAUAAAGAAAUGAGUCAAUCUAAGAAAGAUGAUAAACAAAGACGAUUAGAAUUACUAGAUAAAUUUGGUUCAUUGAUUCUAAGUCAAUUGAAUAAGAAUUUUGAAGACAUUAUUGAAAAUAAUUUAGGUAUUCAAAUGAUUCAAGAAGUUUUACAAUGUGAAAGAAUAUAUGAAGAAGAUAAGAUCGCUACAUUAAUUGAAAAGAUAAUCAAGACUGGCAUGAAAGAUGAUUCUAUGUAUUGUAGAUUAUUAAAGAGUUUAAUACAAGGUGGUUGUUGGAAUAAUCAAUUAAAACAAUUAGAACCAUUCAAGAAGAUUGAAAACCUUGUUGGUGUUGAAUUUGGUGUUAAAUUAUUCAAUGAAGUUAUUGAAGGUAAUAUUUUAGAAUGGAUUGAAAAUGAAGAUUGUUCAUUCUGUAUUGUAUCAUUAUAUGAAACUUUACAUGGCAAAAAAGAAGGUGAAGGAUUUGAAAAAGAAUUAAAAGAAGUUGAUUUACAAAAUGUAGAGAGUAAAGGUGGUAAGUUGUUGUUAAAGUUGAUGAACAACUAA